GACAGGCGCGUGGAGCGUCGCGGCUCGAGCUCAUUCUAACAGGUGGCGAGCGACUCCAGGUGCAGCAGCAGUUCAUCACUGAGCGACGAACGCUCCUCGUUAUGAGAAAUUCUUGGGUUCCUACGCGUAUUAACACAGUCUAAUCAUUGUAUUUAGGGUAUUUGGGCGCGGGGCAGAUUGGUUUAAUUAGCCUUCAGCUUACAGGUGGGCGAAAACCGUUUGUAGGACGGCCCCUCUUUCAGUUCCUCAACAGGAGACGCGGGACUGUCAUUUGUUUGCCAUCCUGUGGGACAGAAGAAACGGCUCCGUUAACAAGUGCGAGGAUAGACGAAUACACACACCGGGUUUCAGUCGCGUGUUUGUGCAGAACGCGAAUAUUUCAAUUGGUGUGCGCGGUAAAUUAGGAGCUGUGUCUACAAAUCUAGCGUAUAUUCAAAGCCUCUUUCGUACCGGAGGAGGACCGACAAAGCCAUGUCAACCAAAAAACGGGUGGAUCUAACGAGAAGGAGCCGAAGCCCCGCGGUGUCCGAGGCGGAGAUGUUGGGUGAUUUUCAGGAGUGGUGCCUCCGCACUUAUGGGGACUCCGGUAAAACAAAGACCGUCACCCGGCGAAAAUACAACAAAAUUCUGCAGACCCUCUUACAGAGCGACGACUCGGAAGGCGUCUAUAUCGAGAGCAACCACAUCAACGCCAAAUUUAAGUUCUGGGUCAAAUCCAAAGGUUUCCAGGUGGGCAACACUGACGGCAAGCCGAACGAGAACGGGGCAGCGGACAGACCGGUCCUGUACGUCCCCAUCAAGGCAACGUGUGUGGACGGGGGCUCUGGGUUGGAGAACUCCUUUCUCAAGAGGGUCGCUGUGGUGGAGGACUUCUAUGACAUCAUCUAUGCCAUGCAUGUGGAGAUCAGCUCCGACCCGGCCAAAGCACCCAAACAUGCCGGACAGAAGAAAACGUAUAAAGCGAUAGCGGAGACAUAUGCGUUCCUGCCCAGAGAGGCGGUGACCCGUUUCCUGAUGAGCUGUGGAGAAUGUCAGAAGAGGAUGCACAUCAGCCCCAGCGGAGCAGAGUUCAAAGAAAACAACCAACCAACUUCUCUGGCGGCCGACCUCAUAGACUUCAACAUGCCCCUCACAACAACCUACUUGAAACAGAAGAAACUACAGUGCAUGAACAACAACGAACAGGAUGACUGUUCAGUGAGUAGUGAGGAGUUUGAUAUGAGUGACCCCACAUGGAUAUCAGCUGAACGCCACACCGCACUGCCUGACCUGAACCACCCCUCCAGAGCAGAUAGGAUGCACAGCCCGCAAAACACUCACAAGGAAGAGGACGAUGAUUCAUCUUCUGAAAGUGGGAGUGGCAAUGGGAUUCGCACUCUGACUCCUCCCUCGGUAGGUGUGGCAGGAGUGAAUGACAGCAAGGGGACAGGACCCAGAUCGGGCUCGUACGCUGAGGUUAACGGCAACGGAAACGGUACCGCGGCGCCACUCGACUUCAGCACAACUUCCUCAUCCUCAUCUUUAGAGGACCAGCAACCAGUCAACCUCAGCGACAGACUGAGUCAGGCCCUGCCUAGUGCUGCCACCAUGCUGGCGACCUUUAACCCUGAGCACGCAGAGGAGCUGCGCAGAAAAUACCCCAAAUCGUCAGAGCUACGCCUUGACCGAGAUAUCAGGGACUAUAACAACAAGUCUCCUCAAUACAGUUCAGGCAGCUAUGAUUCAAUAAAGAUGGAGAUAUCCCCUGAAGAUCUGACUGUUGGUCGGCCUCAGGCGGCUGAUGAUGAUGAUGAUGACCACGACGACCACGACGAUACUGAUAAGAUCAAUGAUGUAGAAGGAGUGGAUCCAGAGAGGUUGAAGGCUUUUAACAUGUUUGUGCGUCUCUUUGUGGAUGAGAACCUUGACCGUAUGGUGCCGAUCUCUAAACAGCCUAAAGAGAAGAUCCAGGCCAUUAUUGAGUCCUGCAGCCGUCAGUUCCCAGAGUUCCAGGAACGCGCUCGCAAACGCAUUCGUACCUACCUCAAAUCCUGCCGUCGUAUGAAGAAGAACGGCAUGGAGCAGACUCGACCCACGCCGCCCCACCUGACCUCAGCCCUGGCUGAGAACAUUCUAGCAGCCGCCUGUGAGAGUGAAUCACGCAAAGCUGCCAAAAGAAUGCGCAUGGAUGUCUACCAGGCACACGAUGAGCCGUUAUCUCUGGAUAAGGUGGUCUCUCGUGAGCCGGUCUCGCUGACCCACUCUGCGUACUCCCUUGCUGCCUCAGCCUACUCACAGGACCAGCUAUACAUCAAUGGAGGCCUCAACUACAGUUACCGUGGUUUUGGUGGACUGUGUGCCAGCAUGCAACACCCCGCGUCCCUGACAACAGCUACCGCCCAGACCAACGGGCCUACUGAUCUCAGUAUGAAGUCUCUGGCCUCAAAUUCGUCCCCUUCAAGCUCCAGUAGCCUCGGCAGGAACGGAGGAGGAGGCGGGGCUUCAGCUCAGCUCAGCCAUACAGAAGUGGCGGCAGUACGUCAGCUGAUCGCAGGAUACCGUGAGUCCGCGGCCUUCCUGCUACGAUCGGCAGAUGAGCUGGAGAACCUCAUACUACAACAGAACUGACCCGAUUCUCAACACUUUGUCUAAACACAUACCCUCGUCCCUCACAUGAUCCUAACAAGAGGUUUUCCAGUCACUGAGGAAAACCAUCUGGCUCUUAAAGAUGUUAGUAAAGAGAGAAAACACAGCUUCAUCAAACUUUUGCUUUCAUGUCAUUUCAACGAGAACGGCCUAGAGAUGGAGAUGAAUGAAUCUCUGAAGGACACUGCGGUGCAGAAGCGCACGGUUCGAUGCGUCCUCCACACACUGCUCCCGCAUUUCAUGCCUUCUCCAAGGCCUCCCUCUGUUUAACCGCCAUACGUUCCCCGCUGAGAGCCAUCGAUUUUUCAUUUUCUUUGCUUUUAGCUACUUCAAGGGAGGAAUUACGGCACGCCAAUCCUCCAGACGAAUGAAGACACUUUUGAUUUGGAGGCGUAAUGGAAAGAAAGAAGAUAAAAAAAGCGAGAAGAAACUAAUAGACCUUUGUAUUUGCUGUAAAUAAGCACUCGCAGUGUCCUGAAGCACUUUUCUAUUCGCUCUGACCUCUGAAUCAUUAAUUUAUGCAUAUAGAUACACAGGUGGAAGCUCACCUGUAAAUACCUCAGCCUGUCUGUCUCACUCUCUCUCUCUCUCUCUCUCAGUGUUCCCCUCUCUGUGUGUGGGAGAAGAAAAUGAACACCUGUCCGUCCUCAACUUCACAGUCCACUGAUUUAGACAUUGAAAGCAGAGAGUGGGAGUGAAUUAGUUUCUGUGAUUGAACUGCGGAUUUUCUUUUCCACCUCCUCCAAAUAUGUUGUACUGUAUAUAUUUCGAUGCAUUUCAAGGUAUUGAUGGCAAAAAUACACUGGACUUGUUUUGGGAAUGGACCUUUCCUGAUGCAUUUAACAGAUGCCAACUCUUUGUUUCCUCUGUACGGGUCACCCUCUGUUCUCCUCUUCUCUUUGUGUCCUUCCAUGUCUCCUGUACGUCCUCUCUCCUCCUCCACCUUAUUAUUCUGCUUUAGAUGGAGAUGGAGAAUGGAAGCUUGUUAGUCUUUUAUCUGUUGACUUUUCUUAAUGGCCAUUAAUCCACUCUGCUGCUAUGGACUCCAACGUAACGCCACAAACCUGAAACCUCAUGCCUCGCAAACACAACCAGAGCACCUCAAGGCAAAAAAAAAAAAAAGGCAAAAAAAAAGUCAGAAAUGAAAUAUCCAAAAGAAAGAUUAAAAAAAAAACUGCCGUUUUGCUUUCUGGCCGAGAGUGUUUGAUUUAAUACUGAGGACUGCUUGUGUUUGCUUUUGUUUGAUUUGUUGUAAAAGCGCGGUGUGUGCCUAAAUCUCAAGAUCAACUGGGAUCAAAUCAUCUUUGGCAUACGAGCUUGGUGCACAGACAUACACGAACACACAUACGACACGAACGGAGACACUGAAGGGUCUUUAGUGAACUGAAUAUUUAACAAGAGAGGUUUAAAAAUGUGUAGAUUUGUUUAGGGACUUACAGACAGUCAUGUCACUGUAAUUUGCUCCAUUUGCACACAGAGGCAGCGCUAAUCUGUGAUUGAGGAGCUCGGCGCCGGCUCCGUGUUGCACUGCUAGUGGGGAAUGGAGAAAGAAUAUCGCAAUGCAGAAGAUAAUCAAAUGCAUUUCUGGCCCUAAAGGAGACAGACUAAUACAGAAAGGCUACCAUGACAUGACAUUCAUCAUCACAUGACCGGGACCUACUUACGAUCGGAAGCCAUGAUGAUGUGUGCCCUUGUGCAAUUUUGACACCCUCCCUCAAAACACAACAGUGGACGUACUGAUUUCUUUAUGUGUUAUAUUUAUGGUAGGCCUUCACAGUCCAGCCUCCCACUUCAAUAUUGAGUUGUUGAUUUGAAUUUCUAUAGACAUGAAGACGUGAUAUGCAAAAAUGACAGCGUGAGGCCUCUCCUCUGUGUAACAUUGAUCACAAAAGGGUCCUUGACCUCUCUCAUCUCGAACUGUCUUUACUAUUUCUUUAUUUCAGGAGAGGACUUAAAGUAAUAAGGAAGUAGAUAGGGAGAUAUAUAAAUAUUUAAUAAUAGUUAAACUUUCAAAUUGCUUAAAUAUUUUUACAUAUUUAAAAGUGUUACUUUCCUAAGUUUUACGCCAAAAUAAAUCAAAUAAGAAACCCUAAUGCAU